AUGUAUUUGUCAAAUGAAUCAACAAUAACAACAUCAUCGACAUCAUCAACAUCGUCAUCAACAACAUCAUCGACACCAUCGACAACAUCGUCAUCGACAUCAUCAUCAACAAUAUCAUCGACAACAACAUCAACAACAUCAUCGACAAUAACAUCAUCGACGUCAUCAUCAUCAUCAUCAACAACAUCAUCAUCAACAACAUCAUCAUCGGCAACAUCAUCAUCAACAACAUCAUCAUCGACAACAUCAUUUUUAGAUCCUUGUAUGUCGAAUGGUAGUCGUUGGAAUACAACUGGUAUUACGAUUCUGAGUGCACCAACUACGGGAAGACUCAUUGGUAUGUUUUUUGAUUCGCUAGAUACGUUAUAUAUUGCAGAUCAAACGAAUUACACCGUAUGGAAAUUGUUGAAAAAUACGACAACACCUAUUGUUAUUGCUGGAACACUUGGAACACCUGGAGCCACUGCUACUACAUUAUAUUAUCCUCAAAGUGUUUAUGUUGAUUCAAAUAAAAUCUUGUACGUUAGUGAUAAUAACAAUCACAGAGUACAAAAAUACAUUAAUGAAUCAACGAAUGGAAUCACAAUGAUUGGAGUCACUAAUAUAUCCGGUGCAACAUUGUAUCAAUUAAAUUCUCCACGAUACCUUACUUUCGAUUCAACAGAUACAUAUAUGUAUGUUGCAGAUAGUGGUAAUCAUCGCAUUAUGCGGUAUCCAGCAAAUUCAACAAGUGGAGAUGAUGGAACCAUUGCUGCUGGUGGAAAUGGUAGUGGCAUUGCAAGUACACAACUAGACACACCAUGGGGAAUUUUUUAUGAUGAAACUAUAAGCAAAUAUAUGUACAUAACGAAUAGUGGUGCGCAUACUGUUAUGAAAUGGUUGCCAGGUGCUUCAAAUGGUACUGUGAUUGCUGGUGUAGCGGGCGUAUCUGGAUCCAAUGCGACACUUUUGAAUAGUCCAAGAGAUAUCAAAUUAGACGCUUAUUUGAACAUAUACGUUGUUGAUUAUAAUAACAAUCGAACACAAUUGUUCUGCCGGAAUAAUUCAAAUGGUAUAACAAUAACUGGUAAUGGUGCACCUGGGAACGCAGCAACUACACUAAGUGGUCCAAGAGGUAUUGCCUUUGACUCAUCAAUGAAUAUGUACGUCAGUGAAUACGGCGCUUAUCGAGUUCAAAAAUUUCUUACAUUAUAA